GGGUGGGCGAGGAGGGAGCCGCCAGGAAGGAGGCAAACUUGGUUGUCUCCAAGAGAAGGGGUCCAUUCCGAAAAUUCUGGCAACCUGAAUAAUCAGAUCUGGAAAUGGGGAAAGGAGCCAGGCAGACAAUGAUGUGCCCAGGCGUUCCCACGGCAACCCACCAUGAUGCUGCUGUGAUGCUUCAAACGCAGUGGUCUGGGUCUUUAUAAAGGGCUGGAACAUCGGAUCCUGCGGGCUGCGAAUGCUUCUGCCUGGCAGGGACUCACGAGGUGCCAGGCGGCUCCGGUUGGGGAAGCUACCAACCUUGAAGGACUUCCUCUUAGUGGAGGAUGGUGGCUGGCUGGCAGAGGAGGGGCUUGGGGCCUCUCUGGAAAUUGUAGAGAAAAGGAGUUUUCAGAGCCCAGAUUUCUGACAGCCUGGCAUGGGCGAGGGGCUCCGUGAAUUUCUGUCACACUGAUUUGAAAGGCAGAGCCAGCCAGCGGUGCCCACAGAUGAACGUGCCCACAGCACUGGCUAUAAGAACCGUAUGUUAAACUGUAGACGGUGCCCGGGGAAACCUUGGCACAAAAACAAGACCAGGGCUGAAUCGGAAAGGAGCCCUCCGCCAGCUCCCUGGCAAAGCUGAGCCACACUGGCCCCAGGUGCCUGCAGUCAGAGAGCGGGGAGCAGGGCUGUCCUGAUGCCAUCCUGACUGGAGAGCUUGCAACGGGCAGGAUUGGCUGGCCAGCACCCCUCAUCUAGGAGCUCCCCUGGCUAUCGAGCCUCCAUCCCCAACCCCAGUCGGGAGCAUGAGUUCGGUUCUGACAAAAUAUGGGUCUCCACCACGCAGCUGGCUCAACCUUCGCUUGGGAACUAAUGACCGAAGCCUAACGGAGGAGAAAGGACUUCGAUGCCAGAAUCCGGAGUGUAUUGACAAGAGAAGGGCAUCCAAGGUAUGUCACCACGCCGACUGCCAGCAGCUCCACCGCCGGGGGCCCCUCAACCUGUGUGAGGUGUGUGACGGCAAGUUUCAUAGCACCAUGCACUUUGACGGGCACAUUCGCUUUGACCUGCCUCCCCAAGGCUCCGUCCUGUCCCGGAAUGUCUCCACACGGUCUUGUCCCCCCCGAACCAGUCCAGCCUCAGACCUGGAAGAGGAUGACGAAGGGUUAAUGGACAGCAAAGGGGAAAAGAAGGGUUCCAGUCUGAAACUGUCAAAGAAGAAAGCUCGGAGGAGACACACAGAUGACCCAAGCAAGGAGUGCUUCACACUGAAAUUUGACUUGAAUGUGGACAUUGAGACAGAGAUUGUUCCUGCUAUGAAGAAGAAAUCUUUAGGGGAGGUGUUGCUGCCAGUGUUUGAGAGGAAAGGCAUUGAGCUCAGCAAAGUGGAUAUCUACCUGGACCAGUCCAAUACGCCGCUCUCCCUCCCCUUUGAGGCCUACAGGUUUGGGGGUCACUACCUGAGGGUUAAAGCCAAACCUGGAGAUGAGGUGAAAGUGGAACUAGCCGUGAAGGACUUCAAAUCCCUGAGUUUACCCAUUCCUGGGCCUCCAGCCUCAGACCGUGCUGACCAGCAGGCCCGACGGGAGAGCCUAGACAUCCUGGCCCCCGGCCGAAGGCGCAAGAACAUGACGGAGUUCCUCGGAGAUGCCAGCAUCCCCGGGCUAGAACCCUCGAUGCCGUCCAGCAGCUCCCUUCCCAGCAAUGGCAUCGACACCUGGAAGAAUCGCGCAGCCAGCCGUUUCAGUGGCCUUUUCAGCUCUGGCCCUAGCGUGAGCUCUUUUGGCAGGGAGGUCGACAAGAUGGAGCAGCUGGAAAGUAAGCUUCACUCCUACAGUCUCUUUGGCCUGCCCAAGCUGCCCCAGCAGCUCCGCUUUGACCAUGACUCCUGGGAAGAGGAGGAGGAAGAGGAGGAUGCUGACCUGGUCCUGGAAGACAGCUGGCAAGAGCUCAUAGACGGAACUGAGGAUCUGACCCGGAGGCAGUGUCAUCAGCAGGAGGCAGUGUGGGAACUGCUCCAUACAGAGGCUUCCUAUAUCAAGAAACUUCGAGUAAUCACCGAUCUCUUCAUGUGCUGUCUUUUGAACCUGCAGGAGUCUGGGCUCCUGUGUGAGGUGGACAUUGAACGCUUAUUCAGCAAUACCCAGGAGAUCAUCCAGUUGCAUAAAGGGCUGUGGAGUAGUGUCAUGGCCCCUAUCCUUGACAAAGCUCGACGCACCCGGACCCUGCUACAGCCUGCAGAUCUGCUCAAAGGCUUCAAAAUGUUCGGGUCCCUCUUCAAGCCUUACAUCCGUUACUGCAUGGAAGAGGAGGGCUGCAUGGAAUACAUGAGGAGCCUGUUGAGGGACAGUGACCUAUUCAGGGUCUAUGUCACGUGGGCGGAGAAGCACCAGCAGUGCCAGAGGCUGAAGCUGAGCGACAUGCUGGCCAAACCUCAUCAGAGGCUCACAAAAUACCCGCUGCUGCUGAAAUCAGUGCUGAAGAAGACUGAUGACCCACCAACCAAGGAGGCCAUUGUCACCAUGAUUAGCUCUGUGGAACGGUUCAUCAGUCACAUCAAUUCUCGAAUGCGGCAGCGGCAGGAGCAACAGCGUCUGGCGGCCAUCAUCAGCCGCAUUGACUCCUACGAGGUGGUGGAGAGCAGCACGGAUGAGGUGGACAAGCUUUUGAAGGAGUUUCUGCGCUUUGAUCUGACAGCUCCCAUCCCGGGGACAUCCCCAGAUGACACUCGGCAGCUCCUCCUAGAGGGGAGCUUAAAGAUGAAGGAGGGAAAAGACAGCAAGAUGGAUGUUUACUGCUUUCUCUUCACCGACCUCUUUCUGGUGACCAAACCUGUGAAGAAGGCAGAAAGGACCAAAGUUAUCCGACAGCCCCUGAUGGUAGACAAGAUUGUGUGUCGGGAACUUCGAGAUCCUGGCUCCUUUCUCCUCAUCUAUCUGAAUGAGUUCCGAAGUGCUGUGGGUGCUUUCACCUUUCAAGCUAGCGGGCAGGCCCUCUGCCGAGGCUGGGUUGAAGCCAUUUUUAAUGCCCAGAACCUGCUGCAGAGGAUGAGACUCCAGGAGCACCAAGGCAGCCAUCAGCAGCAUCUGCAGAGCCUGGAGGAAGAGGAGGAUGAGGAGGAAGAAGAGGAAGAAGGAGAGAGCAGCACUUCGGGAGCUAGCUCCCCUACCAUCCUACGCAAAAGCAACAACAGCCUGAAUUCCCAAUGCUGCCCCUCCGAUGGCUCCACGGAGACCCUGGCGGUGGUGGUGGUGGAGCCUGGGGAGUCUCCGUCAUCGCCUGAUUUUGAGGGCGGCCCAUUUAGUUCCCGCUCAGACGAGACCUCGAUCAGCACAACGGCGUCCUCCACUACCCCAACGAGCGAGGCUGACGGACUGCUCCACUCGGCUCCUGCUGAGUGCCGCUCGUGCUCCAUCGAUUCUGCCUACGGCACCCUUUCCCCGACCUCCCUGAAGGACUUUGUUGCCCCGGCGGAGCUGGCCCCCGUCCCUGCCCCCAGACCUCCAGACCCGCCUGACCCCCCUGCUCCUGCCUUGCCGCUCUCUCCCCGCCUCCGACGUCGAACCCCUGUCCAGCUGCUGCCUUGGCCUCGUCUACUCAAAUCCAAGUCGGAGGCCAGCCUGCUGCAGCUUCUCUCGGGGGCUUCUGGCCGAGUCCCCCCGUCAGCCCCUAGCCGGAGCUUGUCUGAGCUCUGCCUGACUACGCCGCUCCUUCCCAACGGCUUCCCCAGGACUCAGAUGGGGCCCUGCCAACCCCCUCCGGAAGCCCGUGCCAGCUGGGACUGUGGGGGGGCCAGCCCGAGCGGUGCCUCUGGGCCGCCAGAAGCGGAAGAUUCAGGGUGUUCCCCUGGCCGGGGGGAUGAGAGUCCUCUCUCCAGGGAGUGCAAAAAGCCAGUCUCUAAGACCACCUUCAGGGCACAGCCCUCAGGCCAGCACAGGAAACUGACCCUGGCCCAGCUGUACCGCAUUCGAACCACGCUGCUCCUGAACUCCACGCUGACCGCCUCAGAAGUCUGAGCAGCAGGAGGACCCCAGGGUGCCAUGGACAGACAGAUGGAUGGAUGGAUGGACGGUCCCAGACUGACGGCCUGGUCCUGACCAAUCCCUUCAGUGAGAGACCAGGACAUCAGAGUCCCCUGGGAACAGAUCGGGGGCUAGAAAUCAGGAACCAAAUUGCACUUUGUUGAAUACUGCCGGGGCUAAGAGACAGUGAGGUCCUGGGGAGGCUCGUUUUAGCCCUGGGCUUCCCCUCAUCUGCCCUCUGAGCUCCUAGCUGUUCCCCGCUCACACCCACACUGCUGCUUUUCCAGAGCCCACCUCCGAGGGGCCGUACCCCAGACUGAAUGAUGACAGCCUCCCUCUAGGGCGCUGGGCCUCCUCUCUCUCUCUCCUCCCCCCCCCCACCCCCCCCAAGCUGGCCUUUCUCCUUCCUCCGCCCCCAGACAGCUAGACCCAAGAAGUGCCCUUGACCCCAUCCUACGCCCCAGUCUGGCCCACAUGGGGGUCAGGGCCGAGGGACAGCCCCUCACCCCCACCUGUGUAUAAAGGUGCAUAUUUAUUGAGCUUUGGGUUUCUUUUAUAAAGAUGUAUGUACAUUC